AUUUGUAGGAACGAGGAAGACAUAUAGUCCACCCGAGAAGGAGAAGCCCGCCCUGGAUUACAGCUCUUUCGUGGAAUGUUCACUGAGGAGAACUGUCGUUUUAUUUAUUUUUUACCAUCGGGAGUUUGUUAAGGUGAUAUGCGCACUGUGGGACCCUGAGGAAUAGGCCAUCAAAGUGUUCUGCGCGAAAUCCAGUGACAGAGUUUCCAGCUAUUCACCAUUAUUUAAGCGCGCGCUCUAAGCAAAGUGAGAAAGCGAUAAGAGGUAUAGCGCAUCUCUGAUUCUACGAUAUCAGCACAUCGUCGCUUUAGCAGCCUAUGGACCAUGGUAUCAAAUGAAGAAGCGGUUAUUUGUCCGGUGCAGGCACCUACGCUCGCCAAGCACAGGGACUUAUGACAUUAUUUACGCACACUCAAAUAUCCGACCCCUGCUCUAUGUCAUAUCGGACAUCUGGCAUCGGUGAGUGGGAGGUGAUUGACACAGUGCGCGGACCUCACUAAAAAACCUCUCCAACAGUCGUCGUGCCAUCCUCACUUCUUACUCACUGUGAAGCGCUGUUACAAGAGAGUGAUGUGGACUUUAUUUGGGACUAUUCAUCAGUAAAGCUGGCUGCAAAAGUAGCAGUCCUCCCUGAGCACCAGGCCUGACUGUUAAUAGCUCAGCCAGCCAGCCUGGUUCCCUCUCCUCUUUCCUGUGUCUGAUUCAGAGAAGCUCUGCCCAGCCUCCUCUCCCCCCCCACCACCCCUCACGUUGUUGCAGGAGUUGAGUCUCUGCUGCCCAGGGAGGGCUCCAGACAUGUCCACCAAGGCGCCCAUAUACCUGAAGCGGCGGAGCAGGAAGGGUAAGAAAGAAAAGCUGCGGGACAUCCUCUCCUCGGACAUGAUCAGUCCUCCGCUUGGGGACUUCCGCCACACCAUCCACAUUGGCAGCGGCGGGGGGGAGGACGACCUAUUUGGGGACCUGUCCUUCCUGGAGGGGAAGUUCCACCUGCUCCCUGGGCAGCAGGGCGACAGCAUAUCCCAGCGCUCUUCCAUGUACGCAGAGCCCUUCCAGUUCAGCCGUACUGCCAGCAUCAGUGGACACACAGCCUCCUCAGAGAGCUCCCCCCUUCUGAAGAACGCCCUCUCUUUGCCCGUCAUUGGAGGGUUGCAGGCCAUCACCCUGCCUGUCACCUCUGCACCCCCCAGUGUCCCCCACCCGCCUCAGAACGCAGCCCCCCCACCCAAACCUCCUCGACUGCACCUGGAUGACAAGAUCCUGAUGUCCCAUCACCCAGGCCUGGACUCCCCCUUGGCCCAGACUCCCAGCAGGACUUCCCAGUUCUGCCCACCCUCUCCCAGAUUUCCAUCAGACGACGAUGUGUGUAUCCAGGACCCCUAUCUGGAUGACCGGGUUCAGGAGCGUCCCUACUUGUCCAAUGCAGGCUCCCUGCUCUCCCUGCACCUGGACCUGGGCCCCUCCAUCCUGGAUGACGUGCUGCAGAUCAUGGACCGCCAGCGCCUCAACGGCCUCAACGGAACCUGUCUGCAGGGAGGACGGCAAGAGCUCUACACCUGACCAUGAGAAGUCCUCCCUCGGUCCUCUGUCCUUUUACUGUCUUUUGUAGUGUAACACAGGAGGUUCUGACCUCAACCAGGCCUUGCUUGAUCACAAGGCUGGGUUUGUACAGUAGUUUGCUCAUAUUAAGUGCUUUUUUUUCUGGAACUUAACAUCAGUUUCUGUUAGUGUUUUAAUUGAUAUUGAAUAUCUUUCUACACUUUUCCAUAUUUGAAUUACUUAAUGUAGGAAGUGUUGUCUAAUGAGGUGACAUGAGCCAAACGCUGACUGUUAAAUCUCCUCUGCCCUUCCUCCAAAGAGUACAUGAAGAGACUGGGGAAAGAAUACACUGCUGGUCAGGAACUGA